AUGUGUCAGGAUGACGAGAAAAUUCCGAAACUUACGAGCAGUCUAUCAAAAGCUUUAGAAAUGAGAAACAUCGGUGAUGACGUACAUCACCAGUCUUCUUUAACGCUUUGGAAUGACGGAGUGAAAUCCGGUUUGAACACCACUCGAUCCGGGUACACAAUUAACCAAGGACAAAGUUUGGAAAGAGUCGAAAGGGAAAAUUCCGCCUUAUUGAGAGCUGGUUGGAUGCCUGUUCUACAUGAUUCCAGGAAGCAGCCGACCGUCGCACAAUCCAGUACCGAGGCCGAGUACAUGGCCAUGGAAAAAGCGGCUAAAGAAAUUAUUUACCUUUGGCGAUUUCUUUUGGAGCUUGGAGUAUCUGAUGCUAACUCGAUCGAAUUACAAGUGGAUAAUAUGAGUGCUCAAAAAUUGGCAGCUAAUCCCGCUUUUACAAGAAAAAUGUAUGCUUCAAAGGGUUAA